AUGAUGCUUCAAAUUUCCUCUGACGACGACGCGAAGAAGUACCUUGACGUGCUUCUGCUACCUCAUUUUGAAGUAUACAACAACCCUCACUGGGUGAGCAGAAUCGUCGACCGUGUGCUUCCUCCCCAUGUGCGCGAAUUCUACACCACCCACUCGAUGUUCGCCGCCAUGUACGCUACCGCCGACCUACUCGAGCUCAAGAGCGGACGCAUAUAUGUCUCAGCUACUAUCUGCAGGUGUGCGGCGGAGGCAGCCGAGCACCCCGAACACGAAAGAGAAGAACGUCUGGCGACGGCUCUGGAGAAGCAAGCGACGACAUGGAUGGCGCAUAUGCUCUGGCCUUUCGCCGUGCAGGCUUACAUGGAUAUCGAACGCUAUCGUUACCGGCACCAAACCUGGACUCCCACCACACCAAAGACUGCAGCAGAUGAGGCGAGAUACAAGGCGCACCGUUUCAGGGAAUCCAUUCUGGCCCGCGACAGUUAUAAGUGCUGCUUUACCGGUUUUAUCCACAAGUGUGCCCCGGAAGUAGUCUUAAAGGACGCCACUCGGACGAUCACUGUGGAGGUAGCGCGCAUAUUCAGGCAUGAGGUAGCAACCUCUCACCAAGGGUCGACUGAUGCUCAGAAAUCUCUGGAUAUCACCUUGAAAGUCUUGGGCGACUAUUGCGAGAUAGCAGACUCUCUUCACACCAUCGUUAACGACACAGAUGAUCCGCAGAACGCAUUUUCGCUAGGGUUGGAACCUCAGGACGAUUUCAAUGAUUUCAGCUGGUGCCUGAAGGCUACAGAGACGCCCGAUCGCUACGAGGUCUGCUACAUGUCGGACAAUGAACGAUACCGAGGGUACCGCUCCAUUCACACGCACAUCACGUUCGUGGACCACAGCACCGAGUUCAGCACGUCAUCCGAUGGACGACAGGACGUGCCAGGUACUCCCAAGCGGCUGCUCAGGGCCGUACCCAACCCCGAGCUGCUGCGAAUGCAUUGUGCACUUGCGCAUGUGAUGCACCUCAGCGGCGCUACGAAGCUGUUCCGGGCACUCUGCAUCUCUUGGGGGAAAACACAAUACAGGUCCGGAGCUGCCGCCCACAUAGCUCCCACUGGAGCAGCUUUCAUGGCGCAUGUGGUCGAUGAAGAUCCUUUUCUGAUGAUGGAGCUAAGAGCAUCUCUUACCGCAGCGCUGAGCCCGCCAUGA